CUCCAAAGUAUCCUCCUUCGCCUCAGGAUACACACGUCAUCGCCACCAUGAAGAUCUUCGAGGCAUUAAUGCUCGCUGCAGUGGCUGUACUCCAGGUGAACGCAGACACGUGUAGCGAUAACUGGGCCAGCCCCUGCUCCGACAACAGCACGACCGUGGCCGCGACUAAUAGCAGCUGCACAGGCACAGCGAACGCUUGCACGGAGGACGAUUGCUGCUUGUGCCCGGACGGGUAUAUCGAUUCCGAUACUGCCACCGCCAAUGUUACCUGCGCCAUAGAGGAGGUAGACACGAUGUGUCUUUCGCACAACUGCACGGUGACCAACGAAGUUCAGAUUCAAGAUGCGGCAACCACCCUCUGCACCAACGGCACGUGCACCGACGAGCAGUGCUGCGAAGCAGAGGCGUGCUCGGUCACGGACGCAUGCGGAGAAAACCAGGAUUGCACCACUCAAAACGACAACACCGCCGCGUGCACCUGCACGGAUGGCUACAACGAUGACAACGAAGAUGGUGUCUGCGACUUGAAUGACACGAUGUGUCUUUCGCACAACUGCACGGUGACCAACGAAGUUCAGAUUCAAGAUGCGGCAACCACCCUCUGCACCAACGGCACGUGCACCGACGAGCAGUGCUGCGAAGCAGACGACGGCGGCGGCGACGUGGACGUGUGCAGCACAGAGAAGGCCGCUUGCGAGGCUAAUACCGCGUGCGCAGCCUGCAUUACGGCGGGUGACGCGUACAUGGAGGACGGAAGCUGUGUGGUUGAAAGCGAGCCUGAGACCUGCCAGGACUUCGCUGACAUGUACUGCUGCUAUGCUGGGGGGGUGGAUGGCGAGGACGAAUGCCGCACGAACUCCUUGAUAUUGGCCUACACUAACUGCCUGAUCGAGGAGAACGAGGUGGAGUCGUGCACGUUGAUCGACCUAUGCGACACUUCGGCUACCGUUGCUCCCACUCCAGCUCCGGUCACCAGCGGGACGUCUAGCUUCUUUUCGCGCUCAUCGCCCGGCGCAGCCGUGUUCGGUGCAGUUGCUACCGGUAUCGUCGGCUUCCUCUUCACCGCAGCGGAGGGACUACUGUGAACGGCUUGCGUUCCAGGGUUCAAAGAAACCCCAUGAAAAAAACUACGUUCCCAAGUAGCGCGUUGGACACCUGUUUUUAGUCGUCACGGCAUUGCGGUUAUGAUAGCAUCGAACAGCUUUUCAAGGGUACGCCCAAUCGACACGUCGUUGCUGAACGUUGACAGUACCUCGGGGGGCGUGGGGGCCUCGUGCGACAGUUGUUGGAACGGGUGGUGACGUUUGUUGCGAUACUACGUACGGUACACCAUGGUGUGUUGCUUUUCACGAGGUGACGCAAGUGUUGUUAUCUUUUCACGAAGAAGUUGGAUACACGUGUUCUCAGGAUCUCGUACUUCAGAGAACACCAUGCACGUGACGGUAGGGCACAUUCUAAAUACUAGCGGGCAUACUCAUUCGGGGGGGGCGGGGGGGCGGUUGUAGUAAGCCGCUCUCGAAUAGAGGACGGGGACAGACGAAUGGAAUCCUCCCUGCAGUUUUUGAGUGAGAGCAUUAGCGUGCGCAACCUUCGGCGUGUGGUUAGCGAUGCCAUUGAAAGUGGUUGGUUACGAGGUACGCAGUCCGCAGCUCAGGCACACACUAGUAUUUACAUGGUGUGUACGCCCAUUUCGAAACAACAUGUAAUAGGGAAUAGGGGGCCAACUAGGCAGGGAGGAAAGUUGGCGAUGAGAUUAUUUCUUGCACGUACGAUUUGGCAGAAUAGCAAGACUUUGUGGAGCUUUGUGGAGAAGCGCGAGCGUCUCUCGCUGAACGAACUAGGCGUAUCGUCCUGCUGUAGAGAUGCCGCAGCUAGCUUCAGUUAUUGUCAGUCUAGGCCCAUGAAAAUAUCAUUCUUGUCACACCCUUUGCU